GACGACUCGUCCUCGGCCUGCAAUUUCCUUGAGAGUUUCGGUUUUCAAACGAGGAGUGCUGUGGCGUUGGCGUGGCUUAAGCGCGUCUCUUUCCUCCUCCUUCCGUCCAACACUUCGCAUUUUCCCUUCAUCGACCGCCCCAAGUCUCCUUCCCUUCCCUUCUUCUUGACUCGUACUUCUCUCUCUCUCUCUCUAUCUGGACUCUUGUAGAUUCUUGGGAUUGUCUCUGGGGUGGCUUUGUUCCGAGUUCUUGAUUCCAUCUCGCAGCAUCUCCAGGUUUCUGCAGGUAACCGUUGCGUAGCUUUUUUACCGAAUUUUGCAGCUGAAGCAAAUGUUUAGUUCAAAGAGAUCUCCUGUGAAGGUUGCUAAGCAUAACUCUGCUGAAUCUGGGUACGUGGAUUCUUCUAGAUCCAACCCAUUUGAUUCUGACGAUGAGUUUGAUAAUAAGAAGGUGCCCAAUUCCUCUAAAAGGAUGGCUUCUGAGCCUGACCUGACUCAGAAUUCCCGCAAUAGUCUCUUUGAUGGUUAUGAGGAGAAAGGGGUCUCUUCUUCAUCACAUUCAAAUUCCCUUAACUCUGCUGCCAGAAGUAAGUAUAGAAAUGAUUUCCAUGACUCGGGGGGAUUGCAGAACCAAUCUGUACAAGAAUUGGAGAACUAUGCAGUUUACAAGGCUGAGGAGACUACGGAGAGCGUCAAUAAUUGCUUGAAAAUAGCAGAGGGCAUAAGGGAGGAUGCAACCAAGACUUUAGUCACCUUGCAUCAGCAGGGUGAGCAACUCACCAGAACACACAUGGCUGCCGCCGAUAUUGACCAUGAUCUUAGCCGGGGAGAGAAGCUUCUGGGAAAUCUUGGUGGCAUGUUCUCAAAAACAUGGAAGCCAAAGAAGAACCGUCCAAUAUCAGGCCCUGUAAUCAUGAGAGAGGAUGUGCAGAGGAAGGGCAACCACCUGGAGCAGAGGGAGAAGCUGGGUUUGACUAGUGCAACUAAGCAUCAAUCUAACUCACGGACGCCGCCUCCCGAGCCAACAAAUGCAAUAGAGAAAGUUGAGGUUGAAAAAGUGAAACAGGAUGAUGCUCUGUCAGAUUUAAGUGAUCUUUUAGGUGAGCUAAAGGGAAUGGCUGUUGACAUGGGCUCCGAAAUUGAGAGGCAAAACAAAGCUCUGGAUCAUUUCGAUGUCGAUGCAGAUGAGCUUGGUUACCGUGUUAAACAGGCUGGUCAGCGUGGUCGCCGUCUACUUGGGAAGUAGAAUUGGAGCUUUCAUUGUUUGCUUCUCGUAUUAACCAACUUUCGACACAUUUUCUUCAAUUUUCGUUGCCAAACAUUUAUCUAGUCUGAUGUACAUGCAAAUGCUCAGAUCAUUUCUAUUACUUUUGUUCUCUAUACACAUUUAAAUUGAACACGGAUGGUCUGUUAAGUCUUCCAGAGCAUUGUACCAAA